AUGGGCGUACGAGACUCAAAACCUAGUUUUAUAUCCUACGAAGAUGCCUCUAAGCGAGUGUCUGAUAGUGAGUUGAGGCGUAUACGCGAAGCUUUCAAACGAUGCGCUGGUGCCAAUGGUACAGCUUUGAGCUUGGAGGCUUUUAUACAUGAAGUCCUCUGCGAUGGAGUUCCUCACGAAGUUGCUGAGUGGCUGUAUCAAGCCUGCGGUGGCACCAAACGGGGUAUCGCGUUUAAAGACUUACUUUGCGGCGUCGUCGUCCUCACUAAAGGAAAUUUAGAAGAAAAAAUCAAGUUCUUAUGGACUUUAUAUGUUAAUAAUCAAAAUGAAAAUGGCACAUACAUUUAUAAGAAAGAUUUUGCAAGAGCAUUGCAUUUGGAGAACACAUCAUUACCAGUAACCAAUUCACCACGAACAGGUGAAAUUCUAACUAGUUUAUUUGGAACUGGUGAGAGAGUGUCUUUUGAACAAUUUCGAUCCUGGCUCCUCAUACACAAGGAUGCUACAAUUCUUUCGAAGUGGCUUCUGUAUGAUAGAGGGAAUCAUGUUCAUGAUUUAGAAACUCCUACGUUUUAUCAAAGCUUAGCUGGUGUUACACAUCUAGAAGAGAGAGAUAUAAUAGAGUUGGAAAAGUGUUUCUGGUCUCUUCGGAACUCAACCCCUACUGGAGAGUUAGAUGCAAACAGCCUCCAGUCACUCCUUUCUCCACCCCUACCAAGAUCUGCUGUGACUGGUUUCUUCUUGGCAUUUGAUGAGAACAAAGAUGGUCAUAUUGACUUUAAGGAGCUAUGUUGUGGUCUGAGUGCUGCAUGUCGAGGGCCACAGACUGAGCGACUCAAAUUCUGCUUCAAAGUUUUCGAUUUGGAUCGAGAUGGCGUCCUCAAUAGGAAGGAGUUGGUUGAAAUGGUGGACAUACUGUGUACGGUGGCGAAUGAGUCCAUCAAGAAUCAGGGUUCCAGAGCGUCCACACCCUCCGACAGCGACUAUGACCACGAAAAGGGAUUUGAUGCUGAGACAAUUCUUCUUAACCUGAGAGACAAGUUGGUGACUGUACCGAAAAAUGGCACAAAACCUAUAUUCCAACUCGGACCGACAUACGAGGAAGACAUUAUAAUGUUGCAUCAGGACAAAGAAAAGUCCGAAGUAAUUCAAGGGUCUGCUGAUGAUGACAGUAUAAAGGAGAUGGCAUUAGCGGCCGAAGACUUCCUUAUAUGGAGUGUUGAAAGUGCACAGGCGUUGGUUGCUCCAUUUCUCGAGCUUGUGUUCGAAGUGUGCCAUAUUGUGCUGGGCUUGCGGCCACACUGCAAACACCAUGAGCGGGAUAUUGUGCUGGGCUGGCUUCGCCGGGAAACUUGCAGAGGGCUCUCCGUGGGACAGUUCUGGUACCUGGUGUCUGCGGAUUGGUGGAGCGCGUGGUUACUCUACUCCAGCGGGCCCCCCCACUCUUGCUGUCGCAACACACGAACUAUAGAUGACGCUAUUGUCUGCGAUGACAGCUUCACUACUAAUUCAACUGAAUCCAUGGGUUCCCUGAUGUGGCGCGCCGAGACGGCUUCAGUGUGCAGUGGAGGUAGUAGUAGCGGGGUCAGCUCGGCCCCACCACCUCAUCCGCUGCAUCGAUCCCAUCCACACCCUGGCCAUGUUGACAACUCGAGACUGCUUGCACCAAACACACUUAAGGUGCGCACGCUGACAGGUGAAGGGGGUCACUUGCGUCGUGAUGUGACUCUUGCGCAACACCGCGACUUUGAGUUGCUUCCUGAUGCGCUGUGGCGAGCUAUAGCGCUUUGGUAUGGAGGGCCGGACCCACUGCCCAGACAGGUGAUAAGACCAGCAAACUCGGAUGUAGAGCUGGAACUCUACCCUCUGCAAUUGAAAAUAUUACGUCAUGUUCCUAACUCACAAAGAUCAACGGUGACUAUGAGCGGAAUGGGCAGUAUGGGAGCUGGUAGCAUCGGUGUGGGCGGGGCCAUUUAUGGACCGACUGUUAGCGCCCCAUCACCACCUGACCGACACCUGGCUUACACUGCAGCAUUUUCUAGGCUUGCAACCGUAAAACAGGUUACCGAGUUCCUCUGCCAAGCAUUAGGGUUAGCUAGAGAAGAUGUCCGCUUGUGGUCUCUAUCCGGUGAUGAAGGUUCGUUGCUGCUAGAUGACGAAAGACCCACCCUACAAGCACUAGGGUUGGCAGAACGUGCUCCUUUAUUGCUAGAAGUGCGCAACUCUGACCUCACUUGGCCUGAAGAAAUUGGUGCGCUAAGUUCCUGUCGCGUGACCGAACGGCGUGAGACACUGACAGCCCCGGAAUUGCCUGGUGCGACCGGUCUGCACAAUCUUGGCAACACUUGCUUUAUGAAUGCAGCGUUGCAAGCCGUGUGGAACACGGGUCCUCUGAGACGGUACUUCAACUCUGGUCUACAUCUGUACGAAGUUAAUACAACAAAUCCACUUGGAACCGGCGGAGCACUGGCUGUGAGAUAUGGGGAGCUCUGUAAAGAGGUCUGGAGCAGUGGGGCGAGAUCAGUAGCACCACUGCGCGUGCGCUGGUGUGUCUCGCGAUGGGCACGCGCUCUCGCGGGCGGGGGACAGCACGACGCUCAAGAGCUAUUAGCUUGGUUGCUGGACGCGCUACACGAGGAUCUAAAUAGAGCCUCUAUACCCACUCCCACUCCCACGCCCACCGCCACAUCUACGCCUAACGAACGCCGGCCGGACGAAGUUAUAGCGGCGGAGGCCUGGCAACAAUACGAAGCGAGAAACGCGUCUAUUAUGACUGAUUUGUUCUAUGGACAGUUGAAAUCGAGGGUACGAUGUUCAGUGUGUGGGCGCGAGUCGUUGAGGUUCGAUACAUUUAAUAUGCUCAGUCUGCCGCUACCUAUGGAGGCUUUUGUGCGUGCCGAAGUUAAAGUAAUUUUACUGGACGGUUCAAUACCUGUGAAGUACGGCGUACGUGUGAACUCGGAGGGAACUUACUUCGACUUGAAGAAAUCUCUUUCUGAACUCUGUGGGCUGCCUUCAGAAUCGAUGCUGCUAGUGCUCUUAACGGGAUGCCGAAUCGGGAGAAUCCUGGACGACUCAAGCAAAGUCUCCGCGAGUACCGCUUGCGACCUGUACGCGUACGAGGUGCCGCCGGCCGCUUUGACGCCCGAGAUAGAGGCGUCGCUACAUGAUGCAAGCGUUAGCGCGGAACGCAGCGCGGAGGUGAGUGAUGCGCCCCGCGCUCCGCCCUCCAGCCUCUGCAUGCCCGCACUCUUCUGCUUUAAGCGGUCAAGAUCGGAAAUUCUUAUGUCCCAGAGCCCACCCGGUAUUAUGUAUGGUGAGAGACGGCCUAGUGAAUUACGCAGUAGAACAUUACCACGCACGGGAAUAGAACGUUGGGAUAGAGGGGAUGCGCUGGGAAGCAAGUUCCCCUCGUCCCCUACAGAUAUGCACAAAAUGGAGGAGUUGGCUGACGGUUCUACUACUCACACACAUUACCUUAUAGCUGUACACAGAAAACAAUGCCGGUCCGACGCGUACUUUCUGCCCUGGCAACGGUGUCGCGCUGCGCUGUUCGGCGUGCCCGUAGUGGUCCCAGUGAGAGCGGGUGCCAGCGGGCGUGACAUUUACGCUGCGGUCUGGACGCAGUUGGCGCGUCUUUUGUCCGCUCGUCCGCCGAGCACAGACCGACACAACCAUGCUACUGAUUGUGACGAUAGCCUGGGCUACGAGUUUCCGUUUACGCUGCGUGUAGUGAACAACGAAGGAUCGUGGUGCGCGCGCUGUGGUUGGCCGGCUCUAUGUCGCGGAUGUGCACUGCCCUGUGACGACACGCCCUUAUUGCUCGCUCCACAACCUGCAGGUACAUCGGAGAGAGUCACUCAUGAGCGGACAUACUGGAGUACAGCAGUGGAUGAAAAUAGUUCACCCAUUGCGAGGGCCAAGCUUCAUCGGCAGGCCAGCGCUAGACUUGUCACAAGGCCCUAUGAAGAAGUUGACAGUGAUGGUGAUCUCUUCGAGCUGAGUGCUCACGACUUUAGUGUAUUGGUAGCAAACGGACGACGCGGGAGGCACAGUGUCAUGCUGGCCAUUGACUGGGACCCUACGGCGUUGCAUCUGCGAUACCAAACCACUCGGGAGAAGGCUUGUGUAGAGCACGUAUCAGUCGGUGAGUGUCGACGUGCAGGCAGUAGCGCCGUAGAUCUCGGCAGCUGUCUUCAAGCGUUCACGUCUGAGGAACGGCUGGAGCAGCGGUACCAGUGCGCAGCGUGCCGCACCGCUCAGCCCGCUACCAAGAAACUGCAGAUAUGGCGAGCUCCACCAGUUCUCAUAAUCCAUCUAAAACGUUUCCAAUACGUGAACAAUAAAUGGAUCAAAUCUCAAAAGGUCGUCAACUUCCCCUUCCACGACUUCGACCCAACGCAGUACCUCGCAUCCGUUCCACAAGAGACUAUUCUUCGUCAUAAAGAACUCAGUUGCAAGCGUAAAUCCUCUUUAUUAGUAGAUGUCGACGAUCCCAUAUCAGAGAGCGAGACAGAAGAUGAAGGUACCGAAAAAGAAAGAGUCCGAACGAGGUCGGAGAGGAAAAAAGUGGAAGUAAGAGGUCGCAAACGGUUGGAGUCCAGCAGUUUAGUGACGACGCCUGUUCUAGAUGAUAACCUUAUGGACUACCACAAGCACCAUCUGGUACCCGAACAGGAUCCUUUCGACUUGAAAUAUAGGCUGUAUGCUGUUGUGUCUCACACUGGUCAACUAAGCGGCGGCCACUAUGUUGCCUAUGUGCGUCACCCAAGCGGCACCUGGCUUUGUUACAAUGACAGUUCCUGCCGCGAACUCCCUCUUCCACCUGGUGCGACUGCACCUCACAUAGACCCAGCAGCCGCGUAUCUUCUAUUCUACGAACGGAAAGGAUUAAACUACACUUCAUACUUACCAGAUGUAACUAGAAAACAACAGCUCGCAGCGCCCGAUGCGCUCGACCCACAAGAAAACGACCUGAGGAAAAUGUGUGUGAUCGCGUGA